UGUGUGUGAUCUGCGCAUGCGCAUGACCGCGCUCUCAAUCCUCUGCUGAGCAUUCGCAUUGUGUCUAAACAGCCGGCGAGCUAAAAAGAUAUUUUACCAACAGCAGUAAUGUCGGGCAGGUCGGUCCGUGCGGAGACCCGGAGCAGGGCGAAAGAUGACAUCAAGCGGGUUAUGGCCGCUAUUGAGAAAGUACGAAAAUGGGAGAAGAAGUGGGUGACCGUGGGAGACACCUCUCUCAGGAUCUACAAGUGGGUGCCAGUGACUGAGCCCAAAUCUGAUGAUAAGAACAAGAGCAAGAAGAAGGGCAAGGAUGACAAGUACGGGUCUGAGCUCACGACGCCGGAGAACAGCUCCUCCCCGGGGAUGAUGGACAUGCACGAUGACAACAGUAACCAUAGUAACCAGAGCUCCAUCGCUGACUCCUCCCCGCUGAAGCAGGAGACCAGUAACACCACAAGCCCCGCCCCCGAACCCGUGGCAGCGUCUCAGAGUGACAGCACAGAGGCGAAGAGUGAACAGAGUCCGUCUCCGGCCAAGGAGACACCCGUGUCUAACGGCAAGAGUGAAUGUCCUAAGAAGGAGGGGAAGAACUCCGAAGAACAGGAAGAUUUCUCAGAUCCUUCCAAAGCUCCUCAGGAAUCAGAAGACAGUGACGCUCCGCCCAGCAAGAAGGGGAAGCUGGAGUUCACCGGCCCUGGGAGUCGAGAGGAGAGCUAACCGUGUCCACGGUUACGGAGAUCUCCUCCUCCUCCUCCUCUCAGCUCUCUUGCCUCUUCAUUCUUCCCUCUGUCCAUCACUCCCUGCUCUCUCUCUCUCUCUCUCUCUCUCUCUCUCUCUCUCUCUCUCUCUCUCUCUCUCUCUCUCUAGGUCAAGCCUCAGGCUCCUGUAGUUUCGGUUUUUCUUAUUUUUUUGUUAGAAAAAAAAAAGAGAACUGUGAGACCCGCUGCUGAUGUCACACACUCUCACACGCACACACACACACACACACUCUCACACACACACACACGUGCGAGUGCACUGUGGCCAUAGAAACCCCUCAACCUAUGUCCUCUUCUUUCCCCUCACGCUCAGGAGGGUCGACACACUGUUUUCAUCCGACCCUGCAUCUCUUUGUCCUGCUGCUGUAGUACACACACACACACACACACACACACACACUUCAGGCAUGUUUUUAGCCGAUGGCCAGACGUGUGCCGGAUACACUAGAUGACCACCCUGGGGCACGGAAACAAGGCAGACGUGCGUUUUUAAGUUUUAUUUUUUUUAAUAUUUUUAUUCCUGACCUUCUCAAAACCUUUUUUUAAAAAUCAAGUGCUCUCUCUCUCAUCCC